GCCACCAUUUGUCACUUUCUUCCUCUUUCCCAUUAUUUAUAUACUAUAAAAACUUGUCAACAAACGCUAACUCCCACUCUGCUCUGCUCUCAGAUCUCUCUCUUUAUCACCUUCUUGGAAAAAUUUGGAGUUCUCAGCAAUGGCGGAUGAGUCGCAAAAAUGGGUACUCCUCGUCACUGCCCGUACACCCACCAACAUCGCCGUCAUCAAGUACUGGGGAAAGAGAGACGAGAAAUUGAUCUUACCUGUCAACGACAGUAUCAGUGUCACUCUUGAUCCCGAUCACCUCUGUACCACUACCACUGUCGCUGUCAGUCCCACCUUUGACCACGAUCGGAUGUGGCUCAACGGCAAGGAGAUUUCCCUUUCUGGAGGCAGGUUCCAAAGUUGUCUUAGGGAACUUCGCAGUCGUGCUGGUGAUGUUGAGGACAAGGAAAAGGGUAUCAAGAUUUCGAAGGAGGACUGGGGAAAAUUGCACAUACACAUUGCUUCAUACAACAACUUCCCCACUGCUGCUGGAUUAGCUUCCUCUGCUGCUGGUUUAGCUUGUUUUGUUUUUUCCCUUGCAAAGUUAAUGAAUGUGAAUGAAGAUCAGAGCAAGCUUUCGGCUAUUGCAAGGCAAGGUUCAGGCAGUGCUUGCCGAAGCUUAUAUGGUGGAUUUGUGAAGUGGAUCAUGGGGAAAGAAGAGAAUGGAAGUGACAGUGUUGCAGUUCAGCUAGCAGAUGAGAAACAUUGGGAUGAUCUAGUCAUAAUCGUUGCAGUGGUAAGUUCACGGCAAAAGGAAACAAGUAGCACCUCAGGAAUGCGCGAGAGUGUUGAAACAAGUUUGCUUUUACAACAUAGGGCAAAGGAAGUAGUACCAAAACGUAUAUUGAAAAUGGAAGAAGCAAUAAAAAAUCGUGAUUUUGCUUCAUUUGCACAAUUGACUUGUGCGGAUAGCAACCAGUUUCAUGCAGUUUGCCUAGACACAAGCCCCCCUAUAUUCUACAUGAAUGACACAUCCCACAGGAUAAUUAGUCUUGUUGAAAAGUGGAAUCGUGCUGAAGGAACACCCCAGGUGGCUUAUACUUUUGAUGCGGGGCCAAACGCUGUUAUGAUUGCACGCAACAGAAAAGUUGCUGGUCUUCUGCUUCAGAGGCUCCUAUACCACUUCCCUCCAAACUCGGAUGCAGAUUUGAGCAGUUACAUUGUUGGCGACAAGUCAAUUCUACAAGAUGCUGGGCUUGAGGGGCCGAAGGAUGUGGAAGCUUUGCCGCCACCGCCAGAAAUCAAGGAUAACAUUCCAUCUCAGAAAUGCAGAGGCGAUGUGAGUUAUUUUAUCUGUACCAGACCUGGAAAAGGUCCGGUCUAUGUUUCAGAUGAAAGCCAUGCUCUUCUUAACCCAGAAACCGGGUUGCCAAAUUAAGUUAUAGAGUAUAAUUUCCUUUAGCUGGAUCUUCUCAUCGUCAAGCCGAGGCAUGAAGUGUAUAGCUCAUGUAGAUAAUCCUUUUAUGGUUUAUCUGAGUUUCUCCAAAUCAGUUUGUGCUCAUUUACUAAUGUAUUUUGUAACUUAAAAUCUUUCUUGCUCUUUUGAUCAAAUUUUUGUACUAUUCUCUUCUUUAACGCAUAAAUGAAUAAGUUGUUUAUUGUUCCUUUUGCUGAAA